CAUCUGCUCUGAGUCGUCCAAAGUGUGGUUCAGCAAUUUCAGCAAGUUAACAACGUUCCAAACCGCCAAAAAUCACACACUAAUAAAUAUGAUCUCUUUCACAAGAUACAACACAGUCAACCAACAGACGCCCGAUGCCAAACACACAGCAGUGGCUACAAUUAUCAGACAAAACAUGACAGACAUGCUCAGUAUGGAGUCCAUGAUGGCUGUUCCAGUGAAAGAAGCGUCAUCCAUCCAUUACCAUGAAGCGUAUCCACACAACUAUCGCUUCAUCAUAGACGAGCCCCAUAAGUGUGAACAAGAGAACCCGUUUCUGGUCCUCAUGGUUCCAGUGGCUCCACAUGAAGUGGAGGCGCGCAACGCCAUUCGGAGAACAUGGGGUAAUGAGAGCACGGCCCACAACAAAACCAUCAUGGUGGUCUUCUCACUGGGUCUGCCUGGGAAUGAGGCUGAGAAACAACAGGAGGAACUAAGGCUGGAAAGCCAGCAGUACCAUGACCUCAUCCAGAGCGACUUCAUGGACUCAUACCUCAACUUGACAAUAAAGACCAUGGUAAUCAUGGACUGGCUGGCCACACGUUGCCCACAGGCAUCCUACGCCAUGAAGGUCGACUCUGACAUGUUCUUGAAUCUGGAGAACUUGAUGAACUUGUUACUGGCACCUGAUACUCCUAAAGAAAACUACAUUACAGGAAAGGUUAUGUGGAACAGACCAGUCAUCCGGGACAAGAACUCCAAGUGGUACGUGCCAAAGGAAUUAUAUGCUGAAGACUACUACCCAACAUACCUGCUGGGGAUGGGUUAUGUCUUCUCCAAUGACCUUUCAGGGAAGAUUGUUGAGGUUUCAAAAGAUAUAAAGCCUUUUAAUAUAGAGGAUGCAUAUGUGGGUGUAUGUCUGAAACGAAUAGGAAUUUCACCUUCAGACCCUCCUAAUCCUUCCCAGUUUAAGGACUAUUUUAGUGGUAAUUAUAAACGAGAAGAGUUUGCCAGCAUGAUCACCACCAUCCUUAACUCCCCACAACAGCUGAUCACAUUCUGGCAGGACCUAAAAAGGCCUAUAUAAAGGACAAUCCUUUCAGACUUGUAAUUGAUAGAACCACCUUGUGCUGCAUUACCAGCUUUCCACCAGCUUUGCACACUGUUUGGGAGAGAUUUUUCCCACAUAUCCAGAUGUGCUAUAAUUUGUUUUUUCUUCAGUAAAGUCUUCCUUCUAGCCACCCUUUCAUACAGGCCAGUUAUACACAGAGCUCCACAGAUUUCCUGGUGCACCUUCACUCCAGUCUCAGCCACUGAGCUCUGCAGUUCAUUCAGAGUGAUUGAUGGCCUUUCAGUUUUGAGGGAUGGUCUUGUCUAGGCAGUGUCUGGUGCAACUUUCAUUGGCUCACAGUUGAUCUAUCAGUCCUCAAAUGGAUCCAAACACUUGGGUAGUAUUUAGCGGCUAUGUAGAGAACACUACCAUCUGGUCGAACCAAAGUCACUACUGUUUACAAGAACUCUCCACAUUACCUGAACUAAAAGCUUUGGCUCCACAAAGUCUGAGGUAAAAGCCAUAAAACAGGAUUAAGUUGCCUAACAAGGUUUGCACUUGAAAGGAAGUUACCUUGGGAUCAAGCCUGGACACUAUGGGAGGUUAUCAACCCCCCUUGCUCUAUAAGGCAUUCCAGGCAGCUAUAAAUCCCUGCCUGGAAUCCAGCUGCAGGCCUCAGCAAACUCUUAAAUAAACUUGUGAUUUACAAGAAAUCAAGUUUCAAAACUGUGCACCAAUACAGAAUUGCCACCAUUCAACAGGGUUCAUUUUCAAGUCUGGAGAUCCAAAAACGGUUGUUAUGAGAAUCUAUAACAAAGUUAGUCUUUAUAGAUUUUAUAUUUAUGUAUCUAGAUAUUAUAUCUAGAUAUAUAUGGAGCCACACUACCCGCAAGUGGUGAGAAUGAGACACAACAACACCACCAUAAGGAUAUGUGCUUAUAAAGAACCCAAGAAAACAUGUUCCGUUGUCUGCUCGAUUAUAAACAUUUAUAUAAUCUGUAAGCAAUACUACUCAUUUUAUCAGUCUUAUUGUUGUGUAUUACCUAAAACCUCUAUCUUUGUCUACUAUUGAGCUAGAAAUAUGUAGUGUAUGACUUCGAAGAUAAAAUUGUUUUGGUUUAUUAUCAGAGUUUAGACAAGUGACAAAUAUGUAUCCAGAAUGUGUUUUUUCUUUUCUUUUCUUUCUUUUGUUCCUUUUCUUUCAU